GUUAAUGUUUAUCUUUUUAUGAUUUUAAGUGGAAUUAAAAAAAAAUUAAUUUAUUGUUUGUGCUGUGAUUCUAUGACCGAUAACACUUUUAUAUACUGGAUGAUUUGCAAUGGCGUUUAGAAAAUCAUAGACCAUUCGUUCCUCCAUUAGAAGGAGUUCAACAGCAGUAUGGAAUAAAUACAAAUCUUCUUAGUGAAAUUGUAGAUUUUUGGAUGAACGAAUACAACUGGCGAGAACGCGAAAAGUUUCUGAACAAGUUGCCGCAAUUCAAAACUGAAAUACUUGGACGCAAUAUACAUUUCAUUCAUGCCAAACCGUCAUCUUCAUUGCCAAAAAAUGUACGAGUUUUACCGAUAUUAUUACUUCAUGGGUGGCCGGGAUCUUUCCGAGAAUUUUACCAUAUAAUUCCCAUAUUAACAAAGCCACAGGGUGAAAAAGACUUUGCAUUCGAAGUCGUUGUUCCAUCAUUACCAGGGUACGGUUUCUCCGAUGGAGCAUCAAAACCUGGACUUGGACCGGCCCAGAUGGCCCAGAUAUUUAAUAAAUUGAUGUAUCGAUUGGGUUAUAAAAAAUAUUACAUCCAAGGUGGCGACUGGGGUGCUCAAAUUAUUAGUAUUAUGGGCACCUUAUACCCCGACAGCAUACUUGGUGUACAUUCCAAUUUGUGUAGAAUAGUCUAUACCGCGCUACCAAGAAUACAGUUGCUAAUAGGAAGCAUUUUUCCUUCUUUAAUUGUUGAAGAAGAACAUGAAAAAUUGGUAUAUCCAUUGUCCGAAACCAUUAUGUUUCUAAUAUCAGAAUCAGGAUAUAUGCAUAUUCAAGCCACUAAACCAGAUACUGUUGGGGUUGGCCUAAAUGACUCUCCCGUGGGAUUAGCUGCUUAUAUCAUUGAAAAGUUCUCCACGUGGACCAAUAAAAGUUGGAGAUACAGAGAAGACGGGGGUCUUUUAGAAAAAUUUACUUUUACCGACUUACUUGAUAAUGUUAUGAUAUACUGGGUGACCGGAAGUAUCACCACAUCGUUUAGAAUUUACGCCGAACAUUUUAGUCAAGAACAGAAAGCUCUGGGUUUAGACAGUAUUCCAGCCAAAGUACCAACAGCCUGCGCAAAGUUCAAAAACGAAUUAUUAAGUGUUCCAAAUACCCUGAUAAGGACAAAAUAUCCUAAUUUGGUUCAAUCAAAAUACUAUACGGAAGGAGGGCAUUUUCCUGCCUUCGAAGUACCCCAAAUUUUAGCAGAUGAUAUCGCGAACGCAGUUGAGAAAUUCGAAGAAAUUAUUAACAGAAAAGCUAACCAGAACAGAACAUAAUUUUUUUAUAAUAUGUAAUUUUGUAAAAUUUUUUUA